AUGAAAGUCUCAAGGAGAUGGCGACAAGGUUUGAUCGGUAGGAUCAGCUCCACAGGGACCUUCACGCCGUUCUCAGAACUACCAAAUGGCAGGUUUCAUUCUUUCUCUCCUUCUCUGCUCUCAUACUGUUUCAUUUUAGAUGAGUUCCAACGAGCUGUUCAAUCUAGCUAUGACAAUGGUUUGAAAGGUGAAACUCGAGUCAGGCAUAGUAAGUGUGAGUUUACUUUCGCUAUGGAGACUCAGGAUGUGAAGAUAAAGAAGUCUCACAAAGAAGCUAGCGAAGGAACUCUGAGACGGUUUGUUUGGCGAAGAUAA